AUGACCCACGUUAUUGACUUUAACCAACCAAAACUCGCAAGCAGCAAGACCUUCAAUGGCAAUCCGUAUCAAUAUGACUUUACGACGGAUUACAAUGCCGAGAGCGUGAGUAUCCAGGAUUCAAAACUCAAGAUCUCGAUGAAGCUCGAUCGCACCCCCAACUCUUAUGGUCGCCCACAAGGCUUGGGAUCUGUAGUGUCAACUACUCGAUUCAUGCAGUACGGCAAGGUCAAGGCCCGCAUCAAGACCGGCUCAAGUUCGCCUGGAGUUGUGUCUGCAUUUAUCAUCAGGAACGAAGAUCCAGGAGACGAGAUCGACUUUGAGGUCGUUGGCAGAGAUCCGAUGGAGGCACAGACGAAUUUCUACUACAGGACCCCUCCAGACAUGCCGACGGAUUUGAUUGACUACAGCAACACGGGCAAACAGCCACUCAACACCAACACAGCCUUGGACUUUCACGACUAUGAGAUCGAGUGGAUGCCCGAGUACAUUUUGUGGAAGGUCGACGACAAGGUGAUUCGACAUGCGUUUAGGAACGAGACCAAGGACGACGUUGGUAUUGACCCUGCAACAGGCCAGAUAAGGAAGAGGUAUCCGUCCUCGCCCGCGAGGAUCCAAUUUGGAAUCUGGGAUGGUGGCCAGGGCUCUGAGGGCACAGCAGCCUGGGCGGGUACUCCGACGGAUUGGUCCAAGCCCGAUCAGAAGUAUGAGAUUCAGGUGGACUAUGUCGACAUUCAGUGCUAUUAUUCUGGUAAUGAGACUCAAACAUGGCCUCCUGCAGGCUAUGGCCCGACCGAGAUCCACGAUGGACCCUAUUUCACACCGGGCCAAGACAACAGAAGUGACCAUGACACAGGCGACAGUUUGUACAAUGAGCAGGAUAAUGGUGUCCAUCCGUACGUCGCUUUCUACAAGAACCCCAAGUUGAUGAUUCCCACAGGCUGUCUCAUGGGCCUUGCGUUGGUCGUUGUUGGCACAGUUGAGGUUGUGAGACGUCGUCGAUUGUCCAAGGUGCGGUGGUCAUGA